CUCCUUUUUAUCCUUUCAGAGCCUUUCCGAGUUAAGACCAACACCGCUAACUGUGACUUUGGAAUUCAACACCAGGGAUAAAACACCAGUUAGCCUUGAUUCCGUUUUUGCGUGUGCGCAUCAGAGGGCUACAAAAGAUAUCAACGAUAUUGGACGGACUGGGAGUGUUACAAAGAACGCGAGAAGUUCCAACGUUUAAUAUAAAAGAAUCAUGUUUACAAAUGACACUUUGAUGUAACAAUCAUCAAAUCUGUGUCAAUAGUAGAAUAGACGAGUUACCAUUGUGUACUUGAUGUUGUUCACGGAAUGCUAAAUACAACGGCGGAAGUGAACUGCACUGCCCUGUUGGAGGGCAAACCGGGUCCCCCGCCAUUUUAUUCGAUUGAGGUUCGGGCGGUACUCGGUCUCGUCCUGACGUUAUUUCCGGUGUUGACAUUUUUCGGAAACGCGCUUGUGAUAGUAGCUGUUUUCACGCAUAAGCGCCUGCGCACCAUCACCAAUGUGUUCGUUGUGUCGCUAGCGCUGGCCGACUGCAUGGUGGCGCUAUCGGUCAUGCCGUUCGGAGUCUAUCAGCAGCUAAGCAAUAAGUCAUGGGCGCUUGGCCACACACUGUGUCUUGUAUCGACGAGUUUAGACGUUAUGUUUACGACGACUUCCAUCAUACAUCUGUCCUGUCUCGCCAUCGACAGAUACCUCGCCAUCUGUCGUCCCUUCCUACAUGAACGACUCAACAAUUCCGUGAUCGCUGGCAUGAUCGUGUGUUGUUGGUUCACGCCAAUAUUGAUAUCAUUUGUUCCUAUAAUGAACGAGUGGAACCUGUUCGGAAUCGAGGAUUUGUACGGGUGUUUUUUUCCGGAUGACACAACCUGUGGUUUCCUUGUCAACACAACGUUUGCUGUCGUGUGUUCCACUAUAGCUUUUUACCUCCCUACAGUAUUUAUGAUUGUGUGCAACGUACGAAUAUUUUUAGCAGCAGAAAAACAAGCAAAACAUAUCCGUAGUUUAGAACUGCACUUGCACAAGCACCAGACUGGAAAAUUCAAACGGGAGACCAAAGCUGCAAAGACGAUCUCGAUCAUUAUGGGAUGUUUCUGUGUGUGCUGGUUUCCUUUUUUCAUUCUUAACAUCAUAGACCCAAUACUUGGCUACACAACUCCAUACAUCCCUUGGACAGUGGCCCUGUGGCUAGGGUAUCUCAACUCCAUGCUCAAUCCCUUCCUCUAUUACAACUUUAACAGGGGUUUCAGAAUGGCGUUCAGACGAUUGCUCACCUUCAAGGUGUGUCGAGGGGUGAGUGAGUUUGAGGACGAAUACGUCAGCGUGGCUAACUUAUCAACGGAAGUGACGCACAAUGGCCAUAGUCCAGCAAAUACUGAGGUUUCGAACCCAAUGUCCACAGAACUAUCAGAUCUUAGCACUUAAUAAUGGAGUAGUGUAGUAAUAAUAUGUAUGUGCUUUCAUUAUUUUUACUUACAAAUUAACAAACUUGAUUAACAUUGUUAUGUGAGGUUCGCUAUUUUUAACGGUGCCAUUCUUGCUUAUUUUUUUUUUAAAGAUGUACACAUUUUAAUAAACUCGCAAAUAGGCAGGGUGUCUUCAAACCCGGUGCAUUUUGCGUAUUUUACUGAUGAAAUGUAUCAUUACUUAAUUCUCGAGGAUAAUGAAAAACUUAAGGAUAUGCCAUGUACUGGCAUGCAAUACCAGAAUCGAAUUGGCGAUAUGCUCACAUGCUUUUUAUUGGGAAUGUUUAAGGUUCCCGUACCACUGCCAGAAAAUGCAACUUCAAAUUGAAGACUUUUUAAAUGCAUGACUUUAACUAUAAUUAUUUAUGAAAAGAAACCGAUUCAGAGUAGAACUUUUAUGGAGAAAAAAUGAAUGGCAUUUAAAAAAGGCAGUAACAACAGUACUCCUAAAGUAAACGGAGCCACAAGAGGGCCUGUAUUCAUGAAACUGAUCUCAAGCUCAAACCCAAAUUCUGGGAUCAAGCCCAAUUUCUUCUCCUGGUCAUAAAUUUAUAAAAUUUAACUUUUGUCAAUUAAUUUGUAUAAUUGUACAAAGACUAACAGUCGAAUAACGCUUAAAAUGUUUACGCUUGAUAUUUCGAUCGUGUCACAUGAUUAAAGCGGGUAACAAAACAA